AUGGAGCUCUCUUCGAGCAAGGCCAUGUUGCUGGUGGCUGCCCUCUUGGGUAUAGCCGCAGCUCACUCCUGGACGGAGGAAACACGUCGCAUCGGCCCCAAGGGUGACUUCAUCGGCCCACCUGGCUACCCAAGGAAGUAUGCUCCUGAGUCCAGGGAUAGUUACAGUGUUUGGCUGCUGCCUCCCAAUGGAGGUCUUAACGAGUUCACUCCCGAUCUUCUGGCCGUUCUUCCCACCAAGGCUGGAUUUGACGAGUCUAGUUAUCACCCCCAGUACCCUAUGCUCAAGGUCGCCCCUGGUGACUUUGCCGCCAUCUUCUACAACGAAAAUGGGCAUGUUUCCCGAGCUGGCAGAGAUAAUCCUGAGAAGCCUAUCAACCGCGGAACGGUGUACCUCUAUGGCACUACGAAGAACGAUCUCACUGGUCUGACACUCAUGGAUGUUCACCUGAAAUGGACCGCCGAUGGUGACAUCAAUAAAGGCAGGCUGCUUGCGACCCGCAACUACGAUGAUGGCCAGUGCCACGAGGUUCUCCCCGAUACAGGGGAGGCGGACGGUAUUUUGACUUGGCGCAAGGAACACAUCACUAAGGUCGAAGGCCUCAGGUGCCAGUCGGACUUCCAGAUUCCCAAGGAUGUCAAGCCUGGAUCUAUCCUUACGGUCAUUUGGGUCUGGGACUGGCCGUCCAUGAACACAGUCGGUGUCGCUGUUCCUCCGCAUACCUUCAAGGGCAAGACUUUGUCAGGCGAGAAGCGGGUCAGCAAAUUCGAGCUCUAUACAUCGGUCGUCGACUUUCAAAUAGUCGACCCAUGCGAUCCGGUUUUGGGCGACAUCAAGGGCCCCACCUGCGCCAGCGUUCCCUUGAACAAGAAGAACAUCGUCCGCUUUGAUCGCACUCUCCCCGCAGUCAACCGCUCGAUCGAGGCUCAGCUUGUUCAUCCCUUCAUGGUCCACGUCCCUGACUUCACCGAAGACCCCAAUUUGAUCCCUCUCAAGCCGCUCAUCGGAGCCAAGAACCCCAGGUUCCCGCUGGACAGCAAGAUUCUCGAUGCGCAGUACGAGUAUUUUACUCUGGGCGGCAAGGCCAUCCCCACGGCCACGGCCAUCGUCACGGCAACAGCCGUCGCUACAGUUACUGCUCCUGCCGGCGGUAAGAACGCCGUGGUCACGGUCACAAAUGUCGUGCCUAGCGCGACUUACACGACCUUCGUGACGCGUAUUCGUGACUAG